AUGAUCCCGUGGGAAGAUGUGGAGAGACAUGAAAACAUUUGUGAGAAAAAAACUAUCAGGUGUCCAAUUUAUCCAUGUGAAGACAUUGUUCUGGUGCAGAGUUUAAAGGAGCACAUGAAACAAGAUCAUGAAAGCAAUAUAUUUUAUGAUGGAUGCCUAACUCAUGAUAUUAAGCUGAAGUUUUAUAAAAUUUCUUCUGUUAUUUCGAAUAAUCAAAUAUUUUUUGUGAUGAUUUCACAUCUUGAAAGCAUGACACGUGUACAUGUUGCUUCGCUGAACAGUAUAAAUGAAUGUUUCACAUAUAAUUUGAAAUUAUCCAGCAUUUCUGGAGACUCAUAUUCUCUUUCAAUUGAAAAUCAGCCAAUCAACAAAUAUGAUGAGAGGGAUCAUUGUUUCCAAUGUAUAAAUGGGACUUGUCAUUCAGUAUAUCACCCGAAUUCAAAGGUGAAUGCAAAUAUCUGUCACUCUAAAUUGCACGACGAUUGAUGGUAUUACCAUGAAACGUAUAUUUGAUAUUUCUGAGAUAAAAUAUACCAUAGAAAUUCAUCCAAAGAAGGGCUUUGAAGAAAAUAAUAAAAAACUGAUGGAUGAAAAUUUGACAGUGGGAAGUCAAACAAACAAUUCAACCAUUGAUGUUGAUCUGUUGAGAAAGCAGUUACAGUGUCCGAUCUGUAUGGACUACAUGAUCGGCAAUAUUUAUAACUGUGAAAAGGGACAUGUAGUAUGCAAUAUGUGUAAAAUUCAACUGUCUGAGUGUCCUUCUUGUCGCACAAAAAUUAUUGGAGAAUCAAGAUGUUUUCAAUUGGAGAGUUUAGCUGGUGAAAUAGUGCUAGCAUGUUCAUAUUUUAAAAAGGGUUGCGAUUUCACUGGAAAAUUGGAAUUGCUUUCUCAACAUGAGAAGAAUUGUUAUCAAAUGCAUCAG